AUGCUGUCGCCGAAUGGCGUUCUGCUCCUCGGCGUCCUCGCCAGCCUGCCGCUCCCUGCGGUGCUGGCCGACGGACGAGGACUGAUCGGAUGGGGCAAGACCAUGUACCAUCCGCCCUGUGCCUUCGCCUGUCGAGGAGUCAUCAAAGGAUGUCCGCUCCUCUGUACACCAACACACGGCGGCUCGGUCCACGGCUCGGGCCACUCGACCACGACGACGCCGCCAGAAUGCUACACCAGCGAUGACGCCUUCCUCCGCACCAUGGCACUCUGCCUCGAUACCUACUGUCCGCUGUCCGACAAUGCGCCCAGGAGCCUGCUCGAGGACUACUGGGCUGCCCACCUCGCGACCGGCACCGUGGGCGACUACCAGUGGAAGCCUGUGGUGUCAUACUCGGAAGCUCUCGUUGCGGCGCGGGCGGACGAGGCGCGGGUCUCGGAAGGCCACGGGACCAACGCCACCGACACCAACGCCCACAGCGGACAUGGAAAGGUCAAGGCCAGGCACGAUCACGGUGGCGGAUCUGACGACUCGGGAACCGGCACCCUGGGCACGCACAGCGCGCUGCCGACCAUCAAGGCUAAGCAGCCCCUGAACGUGACCAGUUUUAUCGUCGAGGCCGACUGGCAGAAGCAGUACAACGGCAUGACGUCGUUCGAAAUCAACGAGACUGGCCAUGCCACGUACACGAUCAUAGUGACGCUCGUUGCGCUCUUUCUCCCUGUCGUGCUCGCCUUCGCCGGUUUCGUGCCCGGUAUCACUCGAAGCCGAACGUGGACGUGGCUCAACUCAACCAUCAUUCACCCUGCCGUCUGGGGUACGAAGCACCGCGAACCGGUAGCCAUCAAAGCCGGCGGCGGAAUCGUCCCGACCCGAGGUCAAGCUCUGUACAUCGCCGUCAUCAGCUUUCUGAACGUCAUAUUCCUCCUGGCCCCGUACCACAUGAUCCAACCGCAGUCCUCCUUCGCCACGAGCCAGCAGCAGGAGGUCAGCGUCAUCGGUAACCGGGCGGGAAACCUGGCCCUCGGCAACAUGGUCGCUCUGUUCUUCUUCUCGGCAAGAAACAACCCGCUGCUCAUGCUCGGCGACUGGAGCCAUGGCACCUUUCUGCUACUGCACCGCUGGCUGGGCUACUGGACCAUCCUCCACACCGUCCUCCACUCCAUCAUGCUUCUUGUCUACUACAAGAUGUUUGGGGAUUACGCCGCUGAAGAGGCCAAACUAUACUGGGUCUGGGGCAUCGUCGGCACAGUGGCGGCUGUUUUGAUCUGGCCUGCCUCCCUGCUCGUGGUCCGCCAGAAGGCCUAUGAGCUUUUCCUCUCCCUACACCACUUGCUCGUCGCCCUCUUCCUUGUCGGCUUCUACUAUCACAUCUGGUAUUGCUACACGUACAACUGGGGCUACGAGAUCUGGGCCUUCGUCGCGAUCGCCAUCUGGGGCCUCGACCGCAUCUGGAGACUGGUGCGCAUGGCCCUCAACGGCGUUCGCACCGCCAUCGUGACGCCGGUAGAGGGGUCCGGCGGGGACUAUUUGCGGAUCGAGAUCGAGAACGUGCAUGCGCAUGGCGUCGUGUACCUUUGCUUUCCCACCCUUGGCUGGAGAUUCUGGGAGAACCAUCCCUUCUCCGUUGCUUCUUCGUUUGCGGGAGGCCAUACCCAACCGCCAACCACCUCCAUCAGCACCUCGGUUUCCCACGAUGAUCCCGAGAAGUCGGCCGCAGACUCGCCAUACGAUACUCAACCCGACGCCAAAACCCAUACUAUCGCAAUGGGAGGCAACAAGGUGUCGGGUCCCCGAGCAACCUUCAUCGCUCGGACGCUCACGGGAAUGACCGCAAAGCUGAGUGCCAAGUUGACAGCGACCGGCUGCGGUCUGCUUCGCAUCCCGGUUCUGGUAGAAGGCUCGUACCACUCCAACGCCACGGCGAAGCUGUCACACUGCACUUCGCUGCUCUGCAUAGCCGGUGGCGUCGGCGUCACCGCCGUGUUACCGAUUGCGCGCUCCUUCGAGGCCCCUCGUCGGUCCCGUCUCGUGUGGGGUGUCCGUCACGAAACCCUGGUCGCGGCGUUGGAACCCGAGAUGGCCCAGCUUCCGAAACACGUGGGUCUCAGCAUCAAGAUUGGCGAGCGCAUCAACAUCGACGCCGUCCUUCGCGAAGAGCUGGCAAGGGACGGCGAGAGCGGUCCCGUCGGCAUUGUCGUCUGCGGUCCGCCGAGCAUGACAGACGAGGUGCGGUCAAGGUUAUCGGAGUUGGGGAGGACGGAAGGAGCAAGGAAGGCGUUUGUGCUUGUGGACGAGGCAUUCAGCUGGUAG